AUGGCUCUGCGACUGCGUGCACUAACCCGGCGCACGCUUACCCUCCUCGGCCUAUCCACCGCAACAGCAGCAGGCGCUGGCUACUUCUACCUCAAUUCUGGUCCUGCUUACUCACAAACAACACACGAGUCUCGACGCCCACCACCACUAUGGUCUCCUCCUCCCCGCGCAGCCAUGAUCGAUGCCUUAAAGCGAAGUGCUGAUCCAAAGCGGGGCGAUGAUGAUGAUAUGAUGCCCAGAGGAGGCGCAACUGGUGCCGGUGUCGCUGUCGACGCUGCAAGUCGCGGUCUACGAGUCGCUUUGGUCGAGAGAGAAGAUUUCGCUAGUGGUACGUCCUCCAAGUCAACCAAACUUGUCCAUGGCGGCGUGCGCUACCUCCAGAAAGCCGUAUUCGAGCUUGACUAUGAGCAGUACAAGCUCGUUCGCGAGGCUUUGCGCGAAAGGAGAGUCUUCCUACAGACUGCCCCUUAUCUGAGUCAUAUGCUCCCUAUCAUGCUUCCCAUUUAUAAGUACUGGCAAGUUCCGUACUACUGGUCCGGAUGCAAACUCUACGACCUCCUCGCUGGCAAGGAAAACAUGGAAUCAUCGUACCUCAUGUCCAAGGGCAAGGCCCUCGCACAGUUCCCCAUGCUGAAGAGCGACGGGCUUGUCGGUGCCGUGGUCUACUAUGAUGGCCAACACAACGACUCCCGCAUGAACAUCGCUCUCAUCCUCACAGCUAUUAAAGCAGGUGCAGCCGCCGUCAAUUACUGCGGCGUUACCUCCCUCCGCAAAGACCCCACCACAGGUCUCGUCACAGGUGCACGCGUCAAGGACUACAUCGCCGGAAGUGAAUUCGACGUGAUCAUCAACGCCACAGGCCCUUACACUGAUUCCCUCCUCUCCCUUUCCACUCCUACACACAAACCCAUCGUGCGCGCAAGCUCAGGCGUACACAUCGCCCUCCCUUCCUACUACGCCCCUAAAGGCAUGGGCCUCCUGGACCCUGCAACAAGUGACGGCCGCGUCGUCUUCUUCCUCCCAUGGGAAGGCGGUGUCGUAGCAGGUACCACUGACGAGCCCUACGACAUGCGUGCGCAUAUCAAGCCCCAAGAAGAAAAAGACGCGUAUCUAAGCGGUGACGAUAUUCUCCCCCGCGAGUCUGAGAUCCAGUGGGUCAUGGAUGAGGUGCGUGGGUAUCUGAGUGGGGACAUCAGGGUGCGCCGCGGGGAUGUGCUUUCAGCGUGGUCGGGACUGCGUCCGCUUAUUUCAUCUGGCGCCGCGGGCGGCACGGAGGGGUUGGUGAGAAGUCAUGUAGUCAAAGUUGAUGAGGGUAGAAUGGUGACCAUCGCGGGUGGGAAGUGGACUACCUAUCGUGCAAUGGCAGAAGAGGCGGUCGAUGAAGCAAUUAAAGUGUGUCCCGGGUUGAAGGCAAAGGCUUGGAAGUGUCAGACCCAAGAGCUGAGACUCGUAGGAAGCGAAGGGUGGGAUCGCAACAUGUUCAUAGGGUUGAUUCAACGCUACGGCCUCCACCCAGAAGUCGCACAACACCUCUCCUCAUCCUACGGUUCACAAGCAUGGGCGCUCCUCUCCUCGACGAACCAAACGGCCGCUUUGGACCCACACCGCCCUCUCUCCGCCCCGUACCCCUUCACACAUUCCGAAAUCACUUACGCUCUCACGCAUGAAUACGCACAAAAACCCCUCGAUGUGCUCCUGCGGCGCACACGCCUAGGUUUCGUCGACGCACGUGCAGCACUCAGUGCACUACCAGAAGUUGUACGAGUCAUGGGCGAUACCCUAGGGUGGGAUACGAGACGGAGGGGAGAGGAGGCAAGGAGGGCAGAGGAGGUGCUGCGCGGGAUGGGCGCAGGUGGACGGGUCGAAGUGGGUCCAGCAUCGUCGGGAGAAGGCUGGUUACGCAUCGGGGAGGUACAGCGGCGCGUGUGUGCACUGUUUGGUUAUCCUGCGCUUUUACGCCGGUUUUCGGGUGCGGCGACGUAUCCGCGUGCGUUGUUUGAGCCCGGGGAGAUUGAGGCGCUGCGGGAGGUGUUUGGGCAGUAUGCACGCGUGUCUGGCGAUUCUGGUUCUGGCUGCGAUUCUGAGCCUGGUUUUGAUUUGGAGGUGGAGGAGCAGAUGAGGAUACCUGUGUCGAUGAUACGAGAAGCCGUGCAGUCUGUUGCGGUGCUUGGGUAUGCUUAUGACGGUGUACGGGAGUCGGAUUUCCGAUACGUCCUAAGGGAUGCAGGGCUUUCUGAUUUGCCUGAGGGAAAGGGGAGGGGGAGAGAUGUAGAUUUUGAAGAGUUUGUCGAGAUCUGCGGAGAUUUGAAAGAUGUGUCGAUCGCACCUGCUGUGAACAAGAAGGGCGUGCAGAGGAGGAGGAUACCUGUUGAGAAGAGUGGUGGGGGUGUUUGA